CUCUUACUGUAAAAGGUACCCUGUAAGACAAAUAUUUAUUUAAAAACUAAAACAAACGAGACUUUUAUUUCUGUCCCUGUACUUUUCUUUACCCUGGUAUGGUAGUAGUCAAGAAAUAUCAGAGGUGAAGCCCAGAUCCUAUUGGUGUUUUUUGUUAAGUAAGGGUGUCUCACAGAGCCCUUAAUAACUGGUGUCGGCUACCCCUUUGACAGUUACUAAUACAAAAACACAAUCAUGGCAGCAAUUCGGGAAACUGUAUGUCUAUUAGCUAAUGUUUUGGAGAGUAUCGGCUGCACAAAACCCAAAGCAGAAAUUUUCAGACUGGCCAAAUUCAAUAGCUCAGAUGUGGUUAUUCCAUUCUGGCAGGUGCUUUAUGAGCUACACAGUAUGUAUACUGUUGGCCGUGUCAAUACCUCCUUCCAAGACUUGGUACAGAAACAUCAGCCUGUAAAAGUAGCCCAAUAUAUAAAGAAGUGUUACCAAGACCUGGGUUAUUUGUUUCCGGAUUUCACUAGCCUACAGGAUGAUAUGAGCGAGGGGAGCCGGGAACUGCUGUUGGUUCUUGCCUGGUUUCUGUCCUCACACCGUGUGGUGGACUGCUGCUUGGAAAACACCACCUCACCACUCGACACUGGGCUGCGACAGUCAGGCAAGAGGCAGAUACCUGACAGAAGCAACUCUCAUGACAACUUGACACUGGGACAGAGGAUCCAGCGUCUUAAUGUGGUCUCUGGCAGACUCCACCUUACUCUGAAACACCUGCACGCUCUCCAUCGCCAGAAAUACAGACUCAUACACAGGGUGCACACCUGCACAGAGGGAGUGGGUUUUGUGCCUGGCCGGUCACACAUGUCAGUUGUAGAAACAGAUCUCAUGAGACACCCGCAGCACUUGAAAACAAUGCUGGGUUUACUGGAGAAGGAGAACAGCAUGUUGAGUUUGGUUGUGUCCUGGAAGGAACAUGAGCACGUCUUCUGGAAGUGGAUGGAGAGCGUGUUGGCCCUUAAACUGGAGGAAAACUCUAGCAAGGAUGCUGACCCUGAGAUUCCGCUGGUUCACUACAACCUGAAUCCAGGGCUUGUGCUCAAGUUGUUUACCCUCCGUCAGGGCCUUGAGGCCAGGAUUCUCCGCCUGGAGCCCGCUAUUGCCCGUCUUGAUGAACUGUGGGAGGACAAGCAAAGGUCUUUAAACAUGGCAGAUCUACAGUCAUUAGCUAAACAAGUAAAUGCUGAGCUUGAUCACAUAAAAUCAACAAUUGGGUUGAAGGAACCUCAUUCAUCUGACCUUCCUAGGCAAGACCCUGUGUUUCUGUACAGUAAGCCUCAGCCAAAGAAGACCAAUUCUGUGUACAUACCAGAACUUCAUACUGGGGAAGAUAUUGGUGGCAGACAGCCACAGGACAUUGGACUAGAGAUAGAGAAGCUACAGACUGAUAUUGCCAGGUUGAAGCUGGAUAUUGAGGUCAAAGAACGGUAUUACAGACAGAAACUAGAUGACUAUGCAGCCAGAGUGCCUGAGUCAGUGUGUAUACAGCCAGCUACUGUUACCUGACUCACUGUUACCUGAUGAAAGUGCCAGAGUGCCAGCUUUAGUGUGUAUACAGCCAGCUACUAUUACCUGACACCAGUGCCUGAGUGCCUGCGUCAGUGUGUAGUGCCAGAGUGCCUGUGUCAGUGUGUAUACAGCCAGCUACUGUUACCUGACACAAGUGCCAGGGUGCCGGCGACAGUGUGUAUACAGCCAGCUACUAUUACCUGACACAAGUGCCCGAGUGCCUGCGUCAGUUUGUAGUGCCAGGGUGCCUGUGUCAGUGUGUAUACAGCCAGCUACUGUUACCUGACAUAAGUGCCAGGGUGCCUGCGUCAGUGUGUAUACAGCCAGCUACUGUUACCUGACACAAGUGCCAGGGUGAAGGCCUCAAGUGUGUAUAUAGCCAGCUACUAUUACCUGACACAAGUGCCCAAGUGCCUGCGUCAGUGUGUAGUGCCAGAGUGCCUGCGUCAGUGUGUAUACAGCCAGCUACUGUUACCUGACACAAGUGCCAGGGUGCCGGCGUCAGUGUGUAUACAGCCAGCUACUGUUACCUGACACAAGUGCCAGAGUGCCUCAUCAGUGUGUAUACAGCCAGCUACUGUUACCUGACACAAGUGCCAGGGUGCCUGCGUCAGUGUGUAUACAGCCAGCUACUGUUACCUGACACAAGUGCCAGGGUGCCUGCGUCAGUGUGUAUACAGCCAGCUACUGUUACCUGACACAAGUGCCAGGGUGCCUGCGUCAGUGUGUUUACAGCCAGCUACUGUUACCUGACACAAGUGCCAGCGUACCUGAGUCAGUGUGCAUACAGCCAGCUACAUGUACUGUUACCUGACACAAGUGCCAGGGUGCCUGCGUCAGUGUGUAUACAGCCAGCUACUGUUACCUGACACAAGUGCCCGAGUGCCUGCGUCAGUGUGUAUACAGCCAGCUACUGUUACCUGACACAAGUGCCAGAGUGCCUGCGUCAGUAUGUAUACAGCCAGCUACUAUUACCUGACACAAGUGCCAGCGUACCUGAGUCAGUGUGUAUACAGCCAGCUACUAUUACCUGACACAAGUGCCAGAGUACCUGAGUCAGUAUGCAUACAGCCAGCUACUGUUACCUGACACAAAUGCCAGAGUACCUGAGUCAGUGUGCAUACAGCCAGCUACUGUUACCUGACACAAGUGCCAGGGUGCCUGCGUCAGUGUGUAUACAGCCAGUUACUGUUACCUGACCCAAGUGCCAGAGUACCUGAGUCAGUGUGCAUACAGCCAGCUACUGUUACCUGACACAAGUGCCAGAGUACCUGAGUCAGUGUGUAUACAGCCAGUUACUGUUACCUGACACAAGUGCCAGAGUACCUGCGUCAGUGUGUAGUGCCAGGAUGCCUGCGUCAGUGUGUAUACAGCCAGCUACUGUUACCUGACACAAGUGCCAGAGUACCUGAGUCAGUAUGCAUACAGCCAGCUACUAUUGCCUGACACAAGUGCCAGAGUACCUGAGUCAGUGUGUAUACAGCCAGCUACUAUUACCUGACACAAGUGCCAGAGUACCUGAGUCAGUAUGCAUACAUCCAGCUACUAUUACCUGACACAAGUGCCAGAGUACCUGAGUCAGUGUGUAUACAGCCAGCUACUAUUGCCUGACACAAGUGCCCGAGUGCCUGAGUCAGUAUGUAAACAGCCAGCUACUGUUAUCAGCACAAGUGCCAGAGUGUCUGUGUCAGUGUGUAUACAACUAGCUAAUGUUACCUGACACAAGUGCUAGAGUGCCAGCGUCAGUGUGCAUACAAUGUACAAAACUAAUGUUAAUGAUAGUCCAAAUAUAUGUUUAACUAUGACAUCCAUUCCCAUGGAGUUAUCCCAGCUUUGCCAUAAUAGAACUGUGCAAGGCCCAUGCAGGGGUGUUAUACAUUGUUUUGAUAAUCUGUGUUGCAUAUCUAUAAUAGUCAUUAUAGAUUGGGAAGGGCCAAAAGUCUGUUGAGUUGUUCAAAUUAGAUAUAGCACUAUUCUUUUUUUAACUAUAAUGACAUUGGCUGUCUCCAAAAGUAAAUUGUGCAUGGUUCUCUGUCAAAAUACUGUAUGACUAAUUACUAGGGAUGCUAACGAAUAUUCGAAUAUUCGAUCGAACGUUUGGUAUUCGAAUGUCAAAAUAGGUAUUCGAAUAUUCGAUGUUUUUGUUGAAUUAAUAAAUUAAUAAACCUUUUGCCUACAACUGUCAUCUUCGUCUGUCUUGUUUUUACAACGAUGGACCCAUAAUGCCAUAGGUGUGAACUUGAUGACACUAUACACGCGUCAUAUCGGAUAUAUCGCCGGGAACUAUAAACAGUCCCCGUAAUUUUGCAUUUAUUGGCUGUUAGACAAGUGACAUAAAACACAUUCCAAUUAUUUUGGGUACAUUUAAAUGACCAUGCCAAUUAAGAGUAAGAGAUCGGCCUUUAUACCAAUGUUUUGUCUUCAUUGCUUAUCAAGCUUGGCGAUAUUGCUCAAAUCGCCUUGAUGAUAUGAAGGACAUGUGCUUUAAACUGUUUCCAUGUUUUCAAUAUAACGCUCUUGCGUACAAAAAUUAACUGUAUGGUUUAACGUUUAAGGAUAUAUGUCCUGUAUUGUUGUAUAAAUAUAUUUCGUAAAUAUCAAUCCCAGAACGAGGCUGCAAGUCCCACGUUGGCACAUAUCGUCAUUUAACCGGGACAAACGCAAUUCCCUGAUCUUAUAUUGCAUUGUUUACAAAAAUGAACGCAGAGGUUUUGUUUUUUUCAAAGAUAUAUCGCUUUUUCUUGGGAUAUAUUUUGAAAAUGGGGAAAUUCAGAGGCUAAUUUGUGGAACAAUAAAGGUCCGUCGCGUGUACCGAAUACGACCAGGAAGGGUAACAGGGCCCCCACUAUUACGUUAGUGAAUAAUAAUAGUUUACUACAAUUCUUAAAGGUUCAUUUUGGUGUUCGAAUAUUUGAAUAUUCGAUCGAAAGAAUUACCGAAUAUUCGAAUAUCACUUUUGCCAUUCGUUUGCAUCCCUACUAAUUACAAACCAACUACUUAUUGCUACCCAUUGGCCACUGUUUCAUACGAUGCUGAAUGGUACAGUUUAGGUGCAAGAACACAUUUCUUGCUUAUCAAAUACAACCAGUCAUAGAAAAACUAUUUGAAAAUAUAAUAAUAUAAAACUGCAAACAAAAAUAUAUCAAUAAAUCAAUUGUGUAGAAAAUAAUAUCAAUGACCUAGUAAUACAACAUUGAUCAAAUGCUUUCAUGGUUUAUCAUUAUUGCUUAGCCUUAGAAAUGUGAUUUUAUAAUGUAUAUCUUUUUUUAAUAUUAUUACUUGUGUGUACUAAAAAUCAUAAACAUAUAGAAGAAAGCUUUGGAUAAUACCAUUGUUAUUUUGAUCACAUAUCACAGCAUAUUCAAAUAAAAGUUUCAAGUACAUAAUUGCCACUUAAAAGUCCUUGACCUUUUCUGGCACAAUGAUGUCCACAAAUAGUCUCUUUUUGAAGUAGACAUUUUCCAGAACAUUAUUUGGUGUAUAUUUAUUUGUUAAGCUACGGUGUCACAUUCUUUAAAAUGAUUCAAAUAAACUUAAAUGUAUCAGUAUGUCA